GCUCGACCUUUGAGAAGAUUGUAGAGUCUGACCUUAUGAAGGGUACAUACUACAGCAGCUUGGACUCUUUGGAUGUCCUCUCCCUCACGGACGAGACAGACAGCUGUGUCAGUUUUGAGGCCCCACUCACCCCGUUGAUCCAGCAAAGGGUCAAGGAAAGCCCUGAGCUCUUGGAGCAGAAGCUCGUAGCCCACCAGAGAGAAGCCCUUCAUCACAUGGCUGCUGAUAAGCAAGAGCAGGCAGCAGUAAAAACAGUGGAGGGGGAUUCUGGAAGCCCUCUCAGGCACUCUAUUACCAGCAGCAGGUCAGAAAAUGUGCUGAGCCGGUUGUCCUUGAAGAGCAUCCCAAAUGGAUUCCACAUGGAAGGGUCGGAGGAAGAUGCCACCAAGAUCAUUAACUCCAUCAGCGACGCCAGCUUGAAAGACACACUGUCAGACUCCGACUCCGACAUGGGCAGCACGGAGCAGCUUGACCAGGGCAGCACAGACACCUUGGCCAAUGGCUGCAGGGUGGACAGCGAGGCUGCCAAGAGGCUGGCCAAGCGCCUCUACCACCUGGAGGGGUUCAAGCGCUGCGAUGUGGCACGUCAGCUUGGGAAAAAGACGUUCUUGAAAGCGUUCCCGCUGAUGGGAGAGACGCAGGAACGGGAGCGGGUGCUGAUCCAUUUCUCCCGGCGAUUCUGCCAGUGCAACCCAGAGGAGAGCACAUCCCAAGAUGGGAUUCACACGCUCACCUGUGCCCUGAUGCUGCUAAACACAGACCUCCACGGCCAUGUGAACAUUGGAAAAAAGAUGUCGUGUCAACAGUUCAUAGCAAACCUGGAUGGGCUGAAUGAUGGGAAGGACUUUGCAAAGGAUUUGCUGAAGACACUAUAUAACUCCAUCAAGAAUGAGAAGCUGGAGUGGGCCAUUGAUGAGGACGAGUUGAGGAAAUCUCUCUCGGAGCUGGUAGAUGACAAAAUCGGAGCCAGUGCGAAGAAGGUGACAAGGAUUGUUGACAGCAGCAACCCCUUCCUGGACAUCCCCCAGGCUCUGAAUGCCAUCACCUACAAGCACGGUGUCCUCACACGUAAAACCCACGCAGACAUGGAUGGGAAGAGAACUCCCAGAGGAAGAAGAGGCUGGAAGAAAUUUUAUGCUGUGCUUAAAGGGACCAUCCUUUAUUUACAAAAGGAUGAAUAUAAACCUGACAAAGACCUCUCUGAAGUGGAUUUAAAAAAUGCCAUCCGUGUGCACCACGCCUUAGCCACAAAAGCCUCUGACUACAGCAAGAAGUCCAAUGUGCUCAAGCUGAAGACAGCUGACUGGAGAGUCUUCCUUUUCCAGGCCCCAAGUAAGGAAGAAAUGCUUUCCUGGAUACUGCGAAUCAACCUUGUUGCUGCCAUCUUCUCUGCCCCAGCCUUCCCAGCUGCCAUCUGCUCCAUGAAGAAGUUCUGCCGCCCACUCCUGCCUUCCUCCAUGACCAAGCUAUGCCAGGAGGAACAGCUGAGGUCUCAUGAAAAUAAAAUGAAGCAGAUUGCAGACGAAUUAGCAGAGCAUAAAUUACAUCCUGUAGAGAAGAGCCUCAAGUCAAAAGAGGCUGAGGAAUACAGACUCAAAGAACAUUACCUAAUAUUUGAGAAGAGUCGCUAUGAGACAUACAUCAACCUGCUGUGCAUGAAGAUAAAAGUUGGGACAGAUGACCUGGAAAGAAUUGAAACCAGUUUCUUCAAGGUGGAAGCUGAUGACAUUGCUUUGCGGAAGACACACUCAAGCCCUUCCUUGAGCCAAGGGCACAUGACCAUCAGCUGUAAGGUGGAAAAGGACAUUUUAGAUCAGAACACUUAACAAAGAACACAUGCACGAGGGGAAUCAACUGGCGAUGCUUGGCACUCCUGGACUAGAUCAAUGAGCACAAUUUUAUCUAGGAAAUUAUGUGAGCAAAUCGUAGCCAUGUAUGACACAGUGAUUGCUCUAGUGAAAGAAAUCAAAGAAGCUUCAGUUGACACUCUGGCAACACUGGCAUUUCAACAUCAUAGACACACUAUCUCUUCUUCAUUCCCAACAGAACCAAUGGCUUUCUUUGCCUCCUACUGCAGCCGGCACAACAAAGGGAUAUGCUGGUUCUCCAAAGGCCAAGUUGCUCUUUUGUCCACCAGGCCUCUCUCUCCUCCUCCUUCUCUCCCUGGAAUCCCCACCAGUUCAUGGUCACAGUUCCCAGCAGUGCAGGAAACUCAGCUAAGAUGAUGGUCUGUGGCACCACCAGCACUCCCAGAGAAGGGCACAGAGAGGUGGGGAGCAUGUCCCUCCCCUGAGAGGAGCACAACCCAGAACGCCAUUAAGGCGGGUGUCAUGAGCUUGCUACUGUUUAAGCAAGAGGCAUCUUCAGCACGGCAAGUGGAACAUCAGCUGCCCAUGGCAGGAGAGGCUUGAAGUGCCCUCUGUCACCUCAUCCUUUAUAUAUAUAUAUACAAACACAUAUGAAUAUAUAUAAAUAAAUAUAUAUAUAAGGAAACCUUGAUGUGGGUUUUUAACCUCAAUGUGCAAGUGAAGGCAAGCUGCCUGGGGAAGACACUAGAGACCAUGGAGGGUCUGACCAGCCCACCAGGAUGUUUUGAAAAAAUGAAAAAUGCAGUAGCCUAUGUAUAUAUAUUUUUUUUCCCUCUUCUUUUUUUACUCGAAUGGAAAUCCCACCUGGCUUGACUGUGAAACAUUGCUCUCCUGCUCCUGCUUGGUCAGACAAAGUGGCCAAGUGGCUGCUUAUUUAGCAUCCAUGGCGUCUGCCACUUUGGGUUUGAGGCACAAUUGGAGAUGUGCUUCAGAUCCAGCUGAACUUUUUUGUGCAGGAGUGAUUACACCUGCUCCUCCAUGUUGUACUUCUCCCUUUUGUGAUGCACAUGCUGUACUCUUUUAAGCGGGGAAUUGUGUUUCUGUUCCUUUCUGCUGUCCCUCGUCCAAUGAUUUACUGUUGUGCUCCAAGUGAUUCCUCUGCAUCUCAAUGCUGUGACUGUCCUCCUACACUUUAUUUAUUUCACUCUUUGGUUUUGUCCUUUAUCUCAAAUUGCUUUUCUUUCCCCCAGGUGCAUUCAUAGUAAUCAAGUUCCAGUUUUGAAGGAUCUUGUAGCUGCUAAUUACAGUCAUUUAUUGUUUCUAUUUUGCAGCAUUUUUUAAACAAACAAAAUAAGAUUUACUUGGACCUUCAAUGUUCGAGAGCUUACGGACUACAGUUUUCCAUGAUGGUUCAUGACACUAAAAACCUCUUCCCAAAUUUGUCACUUCUUCUUUUAUCUCUUUUUCUUUGUACAGUUUGAUAGUUUAUUUGAAAUUAUGCACUAAGAACCAUGUAAAGGAAAGAGUAACAAUAAAGCGGAAUCUGUUGGUAAAGAGAA